AUGAUAUCAUCUGCCGUCGUCCAAGACCAACUUCGUCUCAGUCGCACGGAGAUGGACCGUGCUGUAGCAAACAGAGCAGCCAGCUCCUCCGCCUCUGACUCAUCGACGCUCACUCGUCGUCGAGAAGCGCGCGUCGAUACGACUGCCGCAUCGCACGCCACGGAUGCUGCGCAGCGCAACGUCGGAGAAGCAACGUUGGUUUUAGGAGCAUCAGGAGAAGCGACGGUGGUGGAUGCUGGAACAGCAGCGGUAGAUGCGGCAGAUCGCGAGCCCGUACCAGCACCGCGAACACCAUCUCCUUCAGAAGCUAGAGUGGCUCAGCUCGACAGGGCCAUCGGUUUCGUCUGCCUUUUGCUAGCCGGGCUCCUGGUGAGGAGGAUCUUCUGA